GACCAAUGGCCUGACGGAGUAUAUGGCAGCUUCCUAUGUUCCUAACAGUGAAGCUCACUGGCACAGAACACCUCUGCAGCCUGCAACAGAAUUAUCUGAAGAACGUCUGCUCUGCACGUGGUAUAAAGCGGGUAGGCGACUGCUCCCCGCCCACACAGUCUACACAACAGACGCCUCCAACGGGUCCGGGGGCUUUGGCGGCACUGUGAGUCAUGAGCCCCAGGCGCGGAGAGGAGGCCAUUGGGCCGGAGCAGGCAAGAAUGAUGCCUCUCUUCACGCCCGCUGACUCCUCGCCCCUCCCACCGAGCUAGCCUCGGGUCGCUCUGGUUCCUGCUUCGGAGAAAGCAAAGCAACGCGGACCGGAGUGGAUGGGGCUGCCCGUGCUUGGGGACAAAAUUGCUUCAUGUCCUCCUCAGACUGGUUUAAGAGGCGUUUCUUGAGCAACAGGAGCUUAGCAAGGCGAAGCAAAGGCGCCCCUCGGCAGCAAUGGCAGGAAGGCGAAGGAGAGUUCCAGCAGCCGCAGCGGCCGCUCUCCCCGCUGCUUUACAGGCGGCCCAAAUUCGUGCGCGGAGCUCCUUCUCGCCCCGAGGAAAGGGAGCUUGGCCGGCGACCCGUCUGCGGUCCGUCCCGUGACAGGCCUCUCCAGUGGAACACGGGCUAUGCAGAAACCAUCAAUGCCGAAAAAUCACAAUUCAAUGAAGACCAAGCAACAUGCUGUCAGAUCUCCAUCAGGAAGAAGGAAUGUGGCAGAGAGGAGGAGGAUCAGGAGUGGCUGAUUCUGUGCUCUACUGAGUAUCUGACAGGCUACUAUUGGGCACUGUUUGAUGGUCAUGGUGGCCCAGAAGCAGCAAUUAUGGCAUCCAACUACCUGCACUAUUGCAUCAAGCAGAAACUAGAGGAUGUGGUAGAAGCCAUUACAGAAGACUGUCCUCCUAUGCACCUCAGUGGACAGUGUGUUUGUCAAAGUGACCCACAAUUUGUAGAAGAAAAGCAAAUUCGGCAAGAAAAUGUGGUCAUUGGAGCACUGGAGAAUGCUUUCCAGGAAUGUGAUGAGGUGAUUGGUCAGGAGAUGGAAGCUACUAAUCAGUCAGGAGGCUGCACUGCACUGACCGCUCUUUAUCUGCAGGGAAAGCUCUACGUGGCAAAUGCAGGUGACAGCAGGGCACUCCUUGUUCGGAAACAAAGUAUUGUUCCCUUGAGCACAGAAUUCACUCCUGAGACAGAGAGGCAGAGAAUCCAGCAUCUGGCUUUCAUUUAUCCAAAGCUCCUAGCAGAUGAAUUCACGCGAUUUGAGUUUCCAAGGAGAUUAAAAGGCGAUGAUGUGGGUCAGAAGGUUCUGUACCGGGAUUAUUCUAUGGAAGGCUGGGGAUACAAGACUGUGGUGAAAGACGACCUCAAAUACCCUCUUAUCCAUGGGCAUGGAAAACAGGCUCGCUUGUUAGGCACCCUGGCUGUGUCUCGAGGCUUGGGAGAUCACCAGUUGAAAGUCAUUGAAACAGAUAUUGAAGUCAAGCCUUUCCUCUCCUGCAUUCCUAAGGUGGAAGUAUUUGACUUCACCACACAAAAUGUUAAAGAAAAUGAUAUCCUCAUCAUGGCAACAGAUGGCCUUUGGGAUGUUCUAUCCAAUGAAGAUGUGGCCCAGACUGUCAGGCAUUUUCUUCCAGACAACACAACUGAUCCCUACAGGUUUUCAGAGCUGGCCAAAUGCCUGGUACAAAAAGCAAGGGGGAAGAAGGAUGGAUACUACUGGUUUAUGGACAGCAAUACUCCUGCUUCUUAUGAUGAUAUUUCUGUGUUUGUAAUUCCACUCCACAGCAAGGAUGCAUAUGAAAUACCCUGUUAUGGAAUAUAAAAGACUUGACUACAUUUGGAUAUUACUGUUUUGAGGACUAUAUACAGACAUGCAGCUGCUGUUAAACAAAACUCUUCAACUGUCCUUCACAAUGCAAAAUUAGAAAAUGCCAUUUAUAGGGUUUCUAAUGCCAUUAGUGUAGCUGCCAUUCAUAUCUCACCACAAAAAAAAUCUUAUUUUCUGGAGAUGGUGCUGGUAUGCCAUUUAACACCAGUUUUACUGAUAUCCUCGUUUGUUAUGCAUAUAUUGCAAAAGACAGGCAUGGUGACUUUUAACAAGCCCUAACUCUGUAUUUAAAUGGAGCAAGAUAAAGCCUUCCUCUGGAAGGUUUAUGAUAAAAGGCCAGCAACAUGUUGAAUAAUGCAAAUUUUCAAGUUCAUUAAAUUUGGGCUUGAGGUUUUAACAGCAACAUUUAAAUACCAUCAGCUGGGUAAUAGGUUUUGUGUCUUGGCUCCCAGCAAUUGAAUUGUGUAAAUUUCCCAGCAAUUCUAGGGAAUAUGUAUAAUUUGUAAUAUUGCUAUCUUGGCAAAUUCAGCCUGAACUUUUUCAGCUAAGUGUAAUGUGUUUAAUAAGGGGGACUCUGAUAUUUGUACGUUUUGAAUAGUAUUGCCUUUUUUGUUUACAUGUAUAUUAAUCCAUUUACAUCUAUUUAAUGUUGCUCCUUAAGCAAUAAAGAUUUUGGUUAUUUUGCUUAAAAA